AAAACCAAUCACGACCUAAAAAAUGCAUAACGCGCAACACAAACAUUUUAGUAAUUGUCAACCCCUCUGCAAAUAAUUAUUUUUAUUAUUUUGUUUAUGUUUAAUGUAAAAACGAAACUCAAACUUGAUUAAAAAUGUAAAAUUCAAUAGCUGAAUGCCAUACACAAAGUAAAAUCGUAAGUUAGAGUUGCUACCACAUCGAUAUACGCCAUAUUUUCGCAGCAGACAGCAGAGCAGAAAGUGAAAAGCAAAAACUGGGAAAACAGAAUAGAGAAAAUAGCAGUGCAUUAUUAUUUUCCCACAACUGUGCCACUAACAAGGUUCUCCAAAACCGACUCUAUUUGCUUGUGUGUGGGUGUGUGUUUGUGUGUGUAGAUAUUGUGUUAUUUAUUAUUCAACAAAAGCAAGAUGUCGGAAUCAUUAGAAACGCAACAGCAGCACGCGCCACAACAACAACAACAUCAGCAGAGCAACAUUGGCAUCUAUGGCAAUAAAAUGAAUAUCAUACCCAAUUACACGUUAAGUGGAAUGAGCUCCUUUGAUGCCGAAUCUCUUCCUGAUUAUUCAGAGUUUGAUUCCGAAUCGGUUACUUUGGACUAUUACAAGGAAAGUGUACUACGUCCUCAAGCGGACAAAAUGGCGCCGACAACGACAAUUGAAACCAUAACAAUCACACGACCCCUUAAGGUGAUUGCAUUUAUUUGCGGGGUCAUCGUUGUGGUAUUGAUGAUUAUGGCCCUGGCAUCCACAGAUUGGCUAAUGGCAGCCGGCUGGCGACAGGGUCUGUUUGUGCAUUGCAUCGAAGAUGAUUCAGCUUCGCCACUGCCAUUUAAUAUUCAGGAUCCACCAGGCUGCUACUGGACCCGUGACAUUGGCUACAUCAAGGCAACCGCAGCGCUAUGCAUUAUCACAUUGAUAACGGACGUCGUAGCCACAGUAUUGACUGGACUGGGCCUAAAGACACAGAAUCAUAAUCUUAAAUACAAAUUUUAUCGAAUAGCAGUGCUAGUAAUGCUCGUCUCAUUAUUGGCCGUACUCUCUGCUCUGAUUGUCUAUCCAGUGUGCUUUGCAGGCGAACUCACAAUGGCGAAUCGACGCGUUUGGGAGUUUGGCUGGGCCUAUGGCGUGGGCUGGGGCGCAGCAAUAUUCUUGUUUGGUGCAGUGGUUCUGUUGCUCUGUGACAAAGAAUCGGAGGAGAUCUACUAUAAGGAGAGAAAAAUUGUACAUGAAAACCAAAUGCGCGCCUAGGCAAGGCCGCACGACCUGCCUGACGUCGUUCUUUAGACAUAUAAGCAUCUAGCAACCAAUACACAUUCACUCACACACAUAUACACACACACUCACAGACGUAUAUAAAUUUAAAAUUUGACUCGAGACUCAAAGACAAACAAACAAAAUCAAUCAAAAUAGUAAUUUUCGUCAUAAACUUUUAGUUAGACUUCUGAUGACGUCCAUCACAAACAAAUUGUAAGCCAAAAGAGAGAACCAUAACGACUUCUUAAUUCUUCCCAUAGUACUGGGUAUUAGUUAACUAAGACUUGUUUAUAUUUUAUUUUUGUUUUUUUUUUUCAUAAGUUUCUCCAUGUCGAAAGUUAAUCUUCAAAUACACAUAUACAAAAAUAUUGUUAUACCUACCAACCUACUUAUCUAUAUAACAACACACAUAUAUGAAAAUACAUAUUCGCAAAUAUUAUUAGUUUAACGAAUUGUAAUCAAUUUUGAAUCUUAUUUUUGGCACUCAUAAGACGAAAGCAAAACCAAAUUGUACUUUUAUGAAUCAGUAUAUAAAUAUAUAUAUGAACGAAAAAAAUAAUAUUAGAAAUUAUCCAGAUACAUACAAGUCGUAUACCUAGAAGACUAUCAUAGAAAUUCAUAGUUGACAUGUAAACCUACCAGAUAUGUAUGUAUGUAACCUAACUGUAGUCGAUCCCUCAAGCGCUCCACACCAAAAACGAAAAACAAUUUUGAUGAUACGACAACCACGAAUGAUAUAUAUGUGAAUUAUAUUUUCAAUAUUUCUUUUAAUUCUUUAAACGAUUCUGUUGACGCUUUCUGAUUAGCAACAAAUGAGUUUGUUUAAUUUUUAUGCGUUGUGCGUCAGUGCCACCCAUAUAUACCCAAUGUACUCGAAUAUAAAAUACAAUAUACUUAUGUAUUUAGACUUUACCUUUUGUAUAAUACUUAAACCGUCCCGUUUACCACUCGACUCACAUUGAAUAUUAUUUAAGUUAAUAUCGUAUAUACGCUAUAAUUUUAACCCAAUCAAUAUGGCAGCUCUUGUAACCUCAGUUAAAUAUUUAUUUCUUCAUUCUAAUUUAUUAUUGUAUAUUCUUUGUAUUGUUUUCUAUGCUCUACUUACAUAUCACAACCAAUUCAAAAAUAAUAAACACGUCUUUGACAACUUCCGUUAAGAUUUAA